AUGGUGGUGCAAGUGUCUUCUUUCUUGCAUUGGCAUCUUAAAAUAUUUCAAGUAUUGGGGUUUUGCUUUGAGAACAUAGGCAGCGACAAUGUAAAUCGAAAACGAUGGUCAUACCUAUGGCCCUGUUUUCUUAUGAUCGCUUUUAAUGUUGUAGCUUUAAUGUCUCUCUGCAACAGUGAAGUUGUUUUCUUUGCCAAUGACUCCUUUGGAUUCUUCAAUGAUGUUCUAAAAGUGGUUGCUGCUGACAUUGCUGUUACCAUCUCAUAUAUGGAAUCGAUAUUGAAACGUUCUUCUUGCCACAAAUUUUGGUCAAUUUAUUGCAAAUUACAAGAACAGAAAUGGGAAUGGACAAAUUGGCAAGAGGAGUUACGUGAAAAUUUUCGUUUUGCCAUUAUGUUUUACACAUUUAUCAUAUGUGAAGCAUUAGUGUUGUUGAUUUUGGCUAUUGCUUACCCUUUUCAAUUAUUUUGGAGUAUCUAUUUUCCCUUCAUCAUUGUUAUCCAUUUACGUAAUAUGCAAGUCAUAUUUCAUGUUGAAUUAAUACGCCUUGAAUUGCUGAAACUCCGCGAUGAUCUUAUUCGCAUGGCAGACUACUCGAAAUUUCUAGCUCAAGGCAAAGGAUUUAGGGGUCUUGAGAAUUUUUUUCACUUCAAAAUAGUAGAGAAACAGAGAAACUACCAAAUGAUCUAUGAAAUGUAUGAACAUUUUCAAAACACAUUUGGCUUCUCCAUAUGUGCUGUGCUUUUGAUGAUUUAUGUUAGGAUUUUGGUGGACUCAUAUUUUGGUUACUACAAUGUUUACCAUGGAUCGAUUACAUUUGAAAUAUUUGUGGUCACUCCAGCUUUUAUGCAGAUUCCCAUGUUUCUUAUUUCUUCGAAAUGUUGCAUGGAUGUGGUAAAAUCUAUAACUUUGAAUUUACAUGGCAUCAUCAGUCAAUUUAAUGACCAAAAUAUCAUUAUUUCUACACAGCUGCAAAAUUUCUCUUUGCAAAUUUUACAUCAAGAAAUAAUCAUAAAUGGCAUUGGGAUAUCGCGAAUGGAUGGAUAUAUGUUGACUAGGGUCAUUGGAUCGAUAACAACCUACAUGAUAUUUUUCAUACAAUUUAUGCCCAAAUUUUCGAAUGUAUAAGCUAAUGAUGUUCAAUAAUCUUAUAGUAAUAAAUAAU